AUGCUAUUGAAGCCAUUUAGCCAUUCUGAUCAACGUGAAGCCAACGAUUUUCCCAUCGAUCGGCAGAUUUAUUCUGCAUGGCAUCUGCUCACCUUCAGGUCCUUGUCCACAUCAGGGAACCAGGAUAAGAACCACAAGAAGUGGAUGGAGAGGUUCCAAGAACUGCAGGAAUACAAGGCAAUUCAUGGAAACUGUAGAGUACCCACCUUGUUUGGCUGUCUUGGUACCUGGGUAAAAACACAGCGCGGGUUGCACACUACUGGAAAUCUCAUGAAAGAUAAACAAGAAAUGCUAGAAUCUAUUGGAUUUGAGUGGAGGCUAAGGAAGUUUGUUGAGUUGAAGACUCAACACAAUGAAGACAUGUGGAAUUCACAAUAUGAUGCGCUUGUGAAGUACAAGGAAAUGCAUGGUGACACUCUUGUGCCUCGAUAUUAUCCAGGAAACAAAGAACUUGGUAUUUGGGUGAAUAACCAAAGGAGGAAUAUGAAAAAUGGCACCUUUCGGGCACGACCUGACCGCAAAGCAAAGCUUGAGGAUCUUGGUUUUGUAUGGGACCCACAAGAACACUUUUGGGAUGCCCAAUACAAUGCACUUGUCAAGUACAAGGAAGAGCAUGGUGACACACUUGUGCCAAAAGAUUAUCCAGAAAACAAAGAACUUGGGUUGUGGGUAACCACCCAAAGGGCAAGUCUGAAAAAUGGCACCUUACGGGCACGACCUGACCGCAAAGCAAAGCUUGAGGAGCUUGGUUUUAUCUGGGACCCUCACGAACACUUUUGGGAAGCUCAAUAUGAUGCACUUGUCAAGUGCAAGGAAAAGCAUGGUGACACUCGUGUGCCUCGAGAUGAUCCAGAAAACAAGGAACUUGGUUUUUGGGUGAAUGAGCAAAGGCGACAGAAGAAAAAUGGCACCUUACAAGCUCGCCGCAAAGCAAAGUUGCACGAUCUUGGUUUUGUAUGGGACUUUGAUGACAUCAACGAAGAAGCUUGGCUGGAGAGCUUUGAGCAGCUCAAGUGGUGCUAUGCCAACCCUGGUGUCGUUUUUGAUUCUGCUCUUCGAGCAUGGACAAUACUUCAAUGCAGACUGCAUGCAAAGGGUUCACUUGCACCUCAUAGGAAAGCACUGCUGGAUGAAAUUGGUUUUGAAUGGUAG